CUAUGUCGUCUCCGGUAGGUCGAUCACCAUUCUUUUGAUCCCUCCAACUAAAACCAUGGCUGCCGAUCUCAAGCUUGCCGCCCUGUGCUUUCUCCUCCUUGUCUCGUCCCUCCCUCUGCUUGCCCACGCCGAGUGCGAGUGCGAGACCAGCGAGGAAGAGCACGACAAGGCGGGCGCGCUAAAGCUCAAGAUCAUCGCCAUCUUCUGUAUCCUUGUGGCCAGCGCUGCAGGCUGCGGCAUCCCCUCGCUUGGACGGAGGUUUCCAGCGCUGCGCCCGGACACGGACCUGUUCUUCGCCGUGAAGGCCUUCGCUGCGGGGGUCAUCCUUGCCACGUCCUUCGUACACAUCCUCCCAGAAGCCUUCGAGAGGCUCGGCUCGCCAUGCCUCGUCGACGGGCCGUGGCAGAAAUUCCCGUUCGCUGGAUUCGUCGCCAUGCUUGCAGCCAUCGCCACUCUAGUUGUCGACACCAUCGCCACGGGGUACUUCCAGCGCGCCCACGCAAAGAAGGCCUCCGCGGCCGCCGGGUACCUGGAAGCGUCCGACGCCGAUCAUACACAAGGCGGUCACUUCCACGGCGCGUCGGCCGCCAUCGCGUCGUCUUCGUUCGCGGGGGAAUCUGACGACGGCGCGCAGCUCAUCCGCCACCGCGUCAUUUCACAGGUGCUGGAGCUGGGGAUCAUAGUGCACUCGGUUAUAAUCGGCAUGUCUUUAGGCGCAUCUGAGAGUGCUAGCGCGAUCAAACCACUCGUGGUCGCGUUAACUUUUCAUCAAUUCUUCGAAGGGAUAGGCCUUGGCGGAUGCAUUGUUCAGGCUAGGUACCGACUAAAGUCUGUCUUGAUGAUGUCGCUCUUCUUCUCACUCACCACGCCACUUGGUGUGGUGAUCGGAAUCGGGAUAUCAUCUGGUUACGACGAGAACAGCCCUAGGGCGCUAAUCGUGCAAGGGCUCCUCGAUGCCGCAGCUGCCGGAAUUCUAAACUACAUGGCACUUGUUGACCUUCUAGCUGAAGAUUUCAUGAACCCUAGAGUGCAAAACAACGGAAGGUUGCAGGUCAUCAUAAACAUCUCCUUGCUUGUCGGGACGGCUCUCAUGUCCAUACUUGCUGCAUGGGCAUGAUAAAUCUUCCUCAACUUCAAAUACUAAAUUCCUUUGAACUAGUUAUGAGUUGAGGAUCUCACUUCUACUGGUGUAAAGAGGUUUUCUCUUUUAUUGGUGUAAACAGGUUUUCCCUUUUAUUGGUGUAAAGAGGUUUUCCGAUUUUUUUUCAUCAUUUCCUUAAAAAUGUGUGCAUAUAUCGAUCAAACUCGACACACACUAAACUCUAUACGUAUAUUUGUUUGAUACUACAACAAUCAAAAUAAUGAGUGCAUGUUGAUGUGCUUUCUUUUGUAUAAACAAUUGUAUGUGAUU